ACUAGUUUUUAUGUUGCUGGAUUCGUCGAUCUAUGAACUCAAAACAAAAACGGCCGUUAUAACUUUGGAAGCCUAGACUCACGAAUCCAGCGACGUAAAAACUAGUUUGAUGUAUUCAAAAGGUACUUAAAUACAUCAUUUUUAUGAAAAAAACCGACUUCAAUGAGGGAGAAAGAAAGAUUGUUGAUUUUGGCAUUCAUACAAUGAAAUUAAAAAGACAUCGUCCUACGCCUAAUGUAGAAAAGAAGGGAACUUUUUUUUUGUCACUGCACCCACCUUGACACAUUUCAGAUUUGCCCGUUGAUUUGUUGGUUGACUGUAUGUUGACUGGUAAGGUCCACCACACAAGUACACGAUACGACGUCGUGUCGUGAGACGAUGCGACGUCGUGUCACGUUGCGGCGUCGUGUAACGUUGCGGCGUCGUGCCGUGGCACGAUACGACGUCGUGCUACGGUACAAUACGACGGCGUGUCACGGCACGGCGUCGCGUCGUGGGACGAUACGAUAUCGUGUCGUAGCAUAAUACGACAUCGUGUUUCGUAGCGACGCCGUGUCGUUGAAACCAACGGUGUCCAUAAGGGUUUCGAAAUCUUUAAGAUUUCAUGAUGGCUAUUAAGAGCCUUAAACCUCGCUCAUCUGGAGGGCCAGAUGGUAUCCCUGUAUUCUUGGCUAAAGAUUGUGCCUCUGCCUUAAAAGCUCCUUUGUUGCACUUGUACAACCUUUCGUUAAAUCAGUCCAUCUAUCCAAAUUGUUGGAAAACUACCAGAGUUACGCCAGUUCCUAAGGGAGGACCGGACACUGAAGUUACCUCUUAUAGACCUAUAGCAGUUCUACCAGUGUUCGGGAAAGUCUUCGAAACGAUACUUAAUCGCCACAUAAGUCGUCAGGUGACUGAUCGUCUGCACCCUAGCCAGCACGGCUUCCGUAAGUCCCGUUCUACAACAACUAAUCUCGUGUAGGGAUUGCAAUCCGGUCCGGCGGAUCCGGUAAUCCGGCCGGAUCCGGCACUUUUCAGGAGCUACCGGAUCCGGUAAAAAUCACCGGAUCCGGACCGGAUCCGGUCAAAUAAAAAAAACGCCUAAAUACAGCACGCACUGUGCGGUGCGUGAUGAGGGAAAGGCGACGGAUGAGAGGUAUGAACUUGAACAGAGCAUAAAACGAAUGAAAAAGUUUAAAUUUAGUUAAAUAUAAAUAUAUUUAUUAUGACGAUGACUGGGAACAGAAGUUGCAUUUCAUGUUGGUGGCACGAUACGACGAUUACAUAAAUACUGUAAUAGAAGGAAAAAUUAAACGAUGGAGAUGCCAUGGAAGGCAUUUGUAAUUUAUGCUAAAGAGAAGAAAAGAGUGUCAUAAUGUUGUGUUAGGAGAUUAAAAGUAAACAAAUGAGCAGGAUUAAGUCGGCGGUACUCAACCGACUAGAGCUGGGCUAAUCAAUAUGUGUCACAUGUGUGAAUGAAUAUAAGAUUGUAAGUUUGUACUGAAAAUGAAUGUAUGAAAUGAAAUGAUAACAUUGAUAAUCUUUAGUUUACUUCGAUUUUAUAUAUAUAAUGAUAAAAUAUUGUUUAUUUUCUAUUCAAAUUUGAGAGAGAAUCUUUUGUAUUUACAAUUUCAUCCAAUCUUAUGCAAUUUCUACUCUACUCUACUCUACGUCUAGCCAAUUCUUUAUUUCAUCCAAGUAACUUUUCUUAAGGAGUCCCUUUCCUCGAUGGAUUUCAAUCCUAUACUCUAUUAUUUUUCGCAUGAGAUCGUCGUGUCAUGUUCCAUUCCCUAUAAUUUGACCAAUAUACUUUUCUGUAAAUAAAAAAAAGGUAAUUUUUUUAAAUCAUACAAACUACUACUUUCUUGGGCAAAAAAUUAGGGAAAAUUUAAUAUCAUUUUGGUUAAUAGUAAAAUAUCUUAUUUUCUUACUAGAAUGGAUGUCAACGUUACAAAGAAUUCAAUCAAGGAACAGUCACGAAAACUUGUCAUUUCAAGGAGUUCCAAUUCCCACCCCACAUCCCAUUACGGGCUUUGGAAACUAAUAAAAUUUAUAAUUGUAAACGAAAAUUUGAGCACUUGUGAAUGGUUAUAUUGGUUAUAUAUAAUAAAUGACCGAUUUCAUAUUUGGGUUUUUAAGUGAUAUUGACAAGGUCACACUUUUUACUACUAAGAGUUAUUUUAUUGUUAAGAAGUUAUUUAUUAACUUCAAAUUAUAGAUUUAGGAAUACGUAUUACGCAAAAAACUAGAAAAAUAUGUCAUUUAAUUAAUUUUGAUAUCCCUAUACCAAACCGGAUCCGGCCGGAUUGAAAAUCAAUCCGGUUUGCAAUCCCUAAUCUCGUGGCUCUCGCUGACUAUGUCUGUACUGUAAAGAGAUGGAUGAGGGACGCCAGGUUAAUGCUGCGUACUUCGAUUUCAGGAAGGCCUUCGACCUGGUCGACAACGACAUUCUGUUGGGGAAACUAGCGCUAACUGGGUUUACGCCAAAACUUUUAAAUUUUUUCGCUAGUUACAUGUCCAACCGGCAACAGUAUGUCAGGGUGAGCGGUUUUGAAUCAAGCGAUUACUACACCCAGUCUGGAGUAAGUCAGGGCAGUACUCAAGGGCCUACGCUGUUUCUCCUUAUGAUUAAUGAUUUGCCUGAUGUAACUCGCAGCGCUAAAUGCCUUCUUUUUGCUGAUGACCUUAAGCUGUUCCUAGGUAUCAGUAGUAUGGCUGACAGUGCGAGAUUGCAGGCUGAUAUUGAUGCUGCAGCUGAGUGGAGUGUGUUAAAUCGGCUACCUUUUAAUGUGAACAAGUGUAAAGUGAUAACUUUCUUACGCAAACGUUCGCCACUCCUAACUCAAUAUAGUUUAGCCGAUGCCACCUUGGAAAGAGUUAGUGAAAUCCACGACUUGGGCUUAGUUCUUGUUGAUAGAUUUGACUUUCACACACAUGUCAUUAAUAUUAGUAAGCAGGCGAGUAAAACAUUAGGGUUUGUUAUGCGGAUAUGUAAACAGUUUCAUGUUGGAGUGGCUAGAUUUUAUUGUACUGUGUCGGCUUUAUUGAUUUAUAUAUUCAAGCCGAAUUUCAGCUUUCUACCACUAACGACCACGGAGCAAAGCCUCGGAAAGACAGAAUCGGAAAGAGAGAAAGCUGCCAGCUCUCUGGUCACCAGUAGCAUCGAUGAGCUUUUUACAUAAUUCAUUGAAUAGUACCUUGGCGCUUGGACCCCACGGCCCUAGUGUCUCGACUCCAAAUGCCACAAAGUGGUAUUGGGGGCCGAGACCUCGAUAUUUGUAAAUCUUUUUGGUUUCAGCCGUCUUGGCAGCUGCCCCAGCCCUGGUCGAAGUUCUUGGUAGAUGGGACGGUGCCAGUGUAUUGACGCAUGUGGCAUCCCAGACUAGCACCCGACCCAUCUUCCACGGGACCAGGGUCAUACCGUCCGGUCUCUUGCCAUCGUCCCUCGGAACGCGGUUUGGUUCAAGGAUAGCCAGCGCGUUGACGGUAGCAAGAGAUCGGCGGAUGAUAUCGUUUAGAGCAGCGUGCCUGGAGAACCGACUGGCACUUAAUUGACAAGAAAGGCCGUGGUGUCCAUGCACGUCGACGGUUGCUCUGCAGGGGCAUCUGUGGGGGGCACAGACCUUUACCCCUAAUCUAAGGCUUGCGGCAAAACGGAGGGUAUCAGGCUCUAGAUAUGUACCAGUGGGGGGGAGGAGUAGGCAUGUAGCCACUGGCCGGAUUCUAGUUCAGCAGCUGCGAGCAGCCGCGCACGUGUAGGACCAUCUGAGCUGGAAAGUAGUUCAUCAAAGUUAAUUUUGCACAACGUGUCGUCCCAGCAACUUUGAACGUUUAAUUUUGGUGGUACAUUUUGACCCGGACAAGCCGUCAGCCAGGCGUUUCUGGCCUCCGUCAAGCACGCCGUCUCGUACUUUAAAGUGCAGGCCUUUAAUAUUUUUCCUACGAGGGAGGAAGUGCCAUGGACGGAAGAUAGAAACGCCGGCAAAGCAACACUAGAAAUUUUGCGCGUACCCAGCCCGCCGAAUGUGAUGGGCAGGGACGCCUGGUUCCAAGAAUGCUCGCUAAGCUGUAUAUUUAGAAUGUAUUCUAGGGAAGAUCUAAUAAGGUUGUCAAUCGGUGACAAGGAGUUUUGGUGUUUCCAAAAUGGACAGCAGCGGAGCAAAUAAGUAAAUUUUGGUACAAAAGGGCAGAAUUUUAAAAUAGUCAGAGCGUCAGAGCGGAAUGAGAAUUAACGUCGAGCAAGCGAUAGGCGCAGUUUUUGAAUUUAGUAAUCGCAUUUGUAAUAGUGCUGGGAAUGGCUUGGAAUGGUAAUGUUUUACCAUUAUUAUUACCGUAAUUGUAGUGAAUUGUGCGUCAUUCAUUUUGAUUUAUAUGAGUUUUAACGAAUAAUUUUAGUUUACCUAAAAAUAUAAAUGAAUUAUGUAUGUAUGAAAUCUAGAUUAGGAAUAUUCUGUAUUUUGCUAAGCCCUAUCCGGGUCCUAGUAGAUAUGUAUGUACCUAGCAUUAAGUUGCAUUUGUCUACUGUAAUCUACUUUGGUUGCAAAUAAAUAUUGAAAUUGAAAUUGGCUUCUUCGAAAAUUGGUGACCCUAGGAGGUUUAGUGAGUCCUUGCUGACUACUUUUAUAAUUUUUAUUUAUUAUGAGAGUUAGGAGCAAUUUAGAAUAUGUAUGAAAUCUGUUUUCCGCUCCUAUUUAUUACAAUAAUCCGAAUAUCGAAAAAAGUCAAACGUAGGGGCAUAUGUAGCUAUGAUCAAAUUAUGUGUCCAUAUUUUCCAUAUAUUAUUUAUAUAUAUUUAUUCAUAAGCCUAUUGCGAAAUUGUUUAACAUAUAUUUAACAAUGUUACUUUUCUAUAGUUUCUUUAUUUAAGAAUAAAUACAAAAAGACUUUAAAACAAAGUCGCUAGAUCACUUCUGACCGUGACCUAUAUACCUACAUGACGCAAACUAAACUUUCAUCUAAUACCUACUAAAUCCCAGGCACAAUAAAAAGAUGGUUCUUCUCUCAGUGAUUUUUAAUUAAAUGAGCGAUGAGCAUUUAGUUUUGUAAACGAGAAAAAACUUUGCCUAGCUGCGUGGAAAUGAGGACUACCACUCCUGUAACCCAAAAUUUUUAUUUACAAUCUAAUUUCAGCAUCGAUGCAUGAACGCGGCUAAAAAUAACUGGAGUUCGCGCGCUCAAGCUCGCCCGCGGCCGGUUCGCGUUUUCACUCACUACACUAUUUCCGUCUAUAAGAAAGAAUAACAUGUUGAUUUGCAAACUCUGUAUCUUUUAAAGACAAUGAUAAAAGUGCGUAAAAAGGAGUGUCGUGACAAGGUCGUGAAUUGAUAGUGGCUCUAGUGUAUAAUGUUUACUGACUCCUUAGAGUAAAACUCGACAGGAUGGCGCUUGUCAUGCUCACCUGCGACCUGCCAUGGUGGACCUCAGUGCAACGCCACCUGAAGCACCUGCAGGUAGCUUCGUCGCCAUCGAAGCUCGCUGCCAGCAUGCUAAAAAUUCACGAGAUAUGCAACAUUGGCUUAGACCCAGAAGACGAUAUCAAGGAUCCUGACUUAAUGAAAGGAUUAGAACAAUUCCUUACUGAAGAAAUGGGAGCAGAAGAACGUCGACACUUCCUAGACAAUACCAUUAGAAUAAUGGUAAACAGGGCGUUGCAUUUGAAACGUUGGCGACCGCCCAAGGGAUUAAUGUUUAGUUUGCAGCAGCAGAGUGACGUGACUGAAUUAGAUUACAAUUUCGUAUCAUCUCUGGUUGCUCAUGCUUUCUUCUCGACCCUUCCCAAAAGAACGCUCAAGACACACCCAACGUUACAGGAUUUCAACUUUACUCACUUUUUUAAGAAUUUACACAGAAAAUCACAAAUAAACAAGUUAAAAAGUUUACUCCAUUAUUUUGAGUGGAUAGAUAAGAAUAAUAAUGAAGGCUGUAUCAAGAUAAGCCGACAGGUAAUGACUUCGAAGCAGUGGUUGACUAUCGAAGACUGGUUAGAGUGCACACUUCCACUGUGCAAACUGCAGGUGCGGCACGAAGGCCGACCCGAGCGCUGUGAAGCAGAGGACGCGCUCCGCAUCUGCUUCGCCUCUAGCCGCGUAGGCGGUGACGCACUCAUCGACGGAGAUUCACAGGAAUCUCUGUCUAUGUUCAUGAUGCCCGAGAUGUUGCCAGUUAUAUUGUCAGUGGAGGCUUUGGAAGAUAACGAGGUGUUAAAAGUAGAAAACGUCAGAAUGGUUAGCCGAAUCCCCGAUAAGAAAAACAAAUCAAAUGUAGAAUUGUUAGAAGAACCUAAACCGGUCACGGUGUGUUUGAUGGACGCCGAGGACUACAGCGCGUUGCCAUUGAGCCAGUGGGAAGAAGACAACGUGUUGCGUGAACUAAACAAGUGUCUCCUCGCCUUCCAGCAAUCUCCCAUGCAAACUCGCGACUCUCAGAGGCAUGAGAGGAGGCUGUCGCCAAUAGGGGAAUCAUUCAGUCACACACCGCCCGAGGUAGAAGCGAGCGUAUUGAUCAAACAGGCGUCGUCGUGCAGCACGCUCAACAGCUACAGCAGCCGCAGCCCCUCGCCACAGCAGCACGACCGUCGCGACUGCGCCAACACGCUCAACCUGAACGAUCCAAGCGUCGGAAUAUUGAAGCGGAAGCGUUGGCUGGCACCCGACGGUGCGACGCUGAACAACAGGCGGGGCCGGUUCAUCGUGCUGGGCUCGUCGGGCGAGUGCCUGCCCGUGACGCGCGCGCCUGUGCCGGGCUGCGACCAGGAGGACAGCCUCUACUCCAGCUGCACCUCGAGCGACGAGGAAUACUACUCUGCCAAUAAUAGUUUCGACUACGGAAAUUAUAAAUAUGGGAGCGAAGACGAAGGAAGAGGUGAAAGUGCUCACCCCAACUCAUUCCAGUAUUCUAAAGAGUUGUCCACCGAGGAGCGUCGGCAGAACUUCGCGGGACAAUUAAGGGAGGCGCUGCAACGGGAAGCACAGCCCUCGUGCACCUCGAGUACCGGUGACUGGUCCAGCGACAGUUCCAGUUACGCCGUCGGCAUCAGCAUCUCCGGCGCCGAACUCAACGACAACGAUAUAAGAGUCAAACGUGGAGGUUCCGUGGGAUUCGUAUUAACGGAAAAGGAAACGAGCAAUGGCAAUCCCUCACCACGACACUGCGCAUUGGGGCGGAAGGAGACCGGGAAUAGCUCUAAAUGCAGUUUCAGCACGGAGUACACGUCUGAACUAGAAGAAGUGUACGAACAAUUCAAUAAUUGGCUGAAUGACCCAAUUAUUGAUAACGAAGGUGGUGAACAUAAACGUGAAAUGGACUCUCGUGAUUUAGCCGUCAUACGGUUCGCGGGGUCGCUGUUGAAGCGGACAUUGAGCGAGUCGGUCGCUGGAGGACCGGGCGCGGGCGCGGCAGGCGAAGCGGAGGCGGCUGAGUUGUACCCGCGAGACGGGCGCGACCGCGCCGCGCCUCGCCGCCUUGCGCUUGCUGCGCGGUCGCUCUCUCUCGAGCUGGCACGCCAUCGCCACCGACUCGCCGCCCAGUUGAGACGCAAAAUAAAAGAAUCUAUACCGGAGAAGAUAAUGCAAAAUGUGGAAGCUAGGUGUUUCAAUGAUGAUACAGAAGCAGACAAUAGCAAAUUGGCGUCUGUUAGUAAUUCGACAGAGACGAAUUCUACGCAACUGUCGAACCAGAACGUUAGGAAGAAAAAAUUAAAUUGGAUGAUAAACAUGAUAGUCGAAGCGAUCGAAGAAACCGUAGAAUGUGAGCCGGUGACGAUUAAGCUAAAAAAACCUAAGCUAAGUCAGCUGGCCCACAAGAUAGUGUCUGGCGGGUCGUGCCGGCCGGUGGCGACAGGCAACUGGGGCUGCGGCAGGCGGCGGCGCGGCCACCCGCAGCUCAAGCUGCUGCUGCAGUGGCUGGCCGCCAGCGUGGCCGGCGUGCCCGCGCUCAUAUACUACACCUACGGCAAUGAAAAACUUUUCAAGUGCGACACGCUGGUACGCGUGCUGGUGGACCGCAAGUGGUCGGUAGGGCAGCUGGCGCGCGCGGUGCUGCGGUACGCGCGCGAGCCGCGCACGUCGCCCGCCGACCACUCGCUCUUCGACGACCUCAUCGGCAUCGACCGCACGCCCGACGACCUCUAGCAGCAGUACCUCACGCUAUUUGGGGAGAAGUAUAAAGAAUACCCCUAGCUGCUAUAACCGCGGCGGUAUGACUGUUCAAACGUCGCGCCUUAAAUCAUGCAGUUAACAUGUAAAGAAUCGUGAUAAACUUAGAAAUGGAUAAGACUUUGAAACAAUUCUCUGAAAUCACAAAAAAGUCGCCUUAUAUAUUUAAAACAGUUUUAGAUAAGCUCAAUGCAUUAUUAUAAUGACAUAAGACUGAGUUUUUCACUUCUCAUCUUACACGCCACGUUUGACAUAUUCUCGGGACAUACCUAUAGUUGUGUCGUUCUCGAGAACGGGCUCCGUUUACUAUGGGGAAUGUCCCCAUAGAAAACGGAGAACGUUCUCUAGGACGGCACAACUCAGGACAUACCGAUGGGUUAAUUUAUCGAUCUCAUGGUUGUGGUAAGUGAAGAGACAGCUCGAGAGCUCGAGUCUUGGAGGAUUUAACAACUGGAGACGCCUUUAAGAGCUUACCCCUCUGUCGAAAAGCUUGGCCAAUGGUCAUAUGUAUUGUAUGGACUGACGUUUAUCUGACAUGGCUAUUUGUAUUUGUACGUUAUGUAGAAAUAGCCAUACAUUUGACGUGCCCCUCCCCCAAAAAUCGGCAGACUGAUUUGUACAGAAAAUUACAGUCAAGGCGUCUCCAGUUUUAAAUCCUCCAAGGCUCGGGUACUUAUUCUCGAGCUCUCGAGCUGUCUCUUCACUUACCACAACCACGAGAUCGAUAAAUUCCGUUAAUUACUUAGUUCAAAAUUCGAUUUGUUUUUGUCUGUUUCAAAGGACAUCGGGACUAAACUAUACAUAAUAUGGGGAAACCGAUACGUGUGUUCAGGCUUUACCAUACUGACUAAAAAAAUUGGGCGUGUUUCCUUUCCCAGAAUCACACUGUGCGACGCAACCUAGCCAUUAGAUGUAGGUGUAGGGAGGUAUAGUCGUUCGAUUUGAAGCUGGCCCGAAGCGGCUAAUCAUCGUCAUCAUUCGCCUGCCCUUAUCCUAUUCAUUUGGGGUCGGCGCAGCAUGUCUUUUCCUUCCAUAUCUUUCUGUCACCCGUCAUCUCAUCGUUCACUCGCGUUCGUUUCAUGUCAUCUCUCACACAAUCCAUCCACCGUUUCCUAGGUUUUCCUCUGCCGUUCCAUCCCUCCACAUUCAUUCGUAAUACCUUUCUCGUCACAUGACUUUCAUCCCUCCGCAUCACAUGCCCAUACCACGCUAGGCGAUUCGCUCUUACUUUUUCUAUUAUGGGUGCAACUUUCAGACUUCCUCUUAUAUACUCAUUCCUUAUCCUAUCCAUUCUUGUAACACCACACAUCCAUCUUAACAUUCUCAUUUCCGCUACAUGCAAUCUCUUUUCAUCCGUCACUUUUAGGGCCCAACACUCUGAUCCAUACAUGACGACAGGUCUUAUAAUGGUUUUAUAAAUUUUACCCUUCAGUCGGAGGGGCAUCCGGGCGUCACAAAUUGUUCCCGUGACCUGUCGCCAUUUCAUCCAUCCUGUGCUAAUCCGGUUUUUCACGUCACGGUCAAUAUCGCCAUCGCACUGCACGAGCGAACCGAGGUACUUGAAAUCGGAGCAGACCGGCAAUGUAACGCCAUCGAGGUCUAUGGCAGCGAAACCGGAGAGACCGCCGAAAUCGCAGAACAUAUGUUCAGUUUUAGAUCUGCUGAUCUUCAGGCCAACAUUCUCCAGUUUCCGCCGCCACUCCUCAAGUCUGCUCAGUACCUCGAGUCCGUCUUCACCCACAAGCACAAUGUCAUCAGCGAAAAGCAUACACCAGGGUGCCUCCUCCUGUAUAUCCGACGACAGAGCGUCCAUAAUAAGUAGAAAGAGGUAGGGACUCAGAGCCGAUCCCUGAUGCAAGCCUACCGUGACACUGAAUCUGCGGCUAAUCUUUUGUCUAUUGUUAACUAAAACCGCGCGUGCCACUACCUGCAAUAAAAGGGUCGUAUAAUUCUAAUUGGCAUCAGAGCGCGGGCUAGUCCAACGCUCAAAAAACCAAUGUAGGUGUGCUCUCCGAUAACGCGCCUUUGUUACGCAUAUCGAGGACACAUUUUAGACUAGUUCGUUCGCGUUCGACUCGCUGGCACUCAGUUACCGUGUAGGGAUCACACAAGAAAUCACAAAUGUUUUUACCAUUUGUUCAUUUUGUAUCUUAUUUCAAUGACCAUAGGAGUUGUAAUUAAAUAACCGGUAAAAGUGACCUGGCCCUUUUUUGCAGGUAGAGGCACGCGCCGUUUUAGUUAACAAUAGACAAAGGAUAAGCCGUUGGGGGCCAGCUACAAAUCUAACGACUAUACGUAAUAUAUUUUACAGUACAUAUAGUGCUACUUAACCGCACAUUACGUCACUAUGUCGAAAUUUUAAAGAGUCAUAUGUACUGUAGAAUGUUGUACGAUACAUGUGCGAAUUGGCAAUUAGCCACUCGUGUCGAUAUAAAACAGUCCCGUCCGUCGUGUUUUAAUUUAUCCCCACUCGUUGCGAAUUUCCUAUUUUUCGCACUUGUAUCGUAAUGUACUAUUACGACAUGCAGUGUCACCCAGGGUCACAAGUAGAAAUUUCCGUCAAAUAUCGAUACAAGUGUCAAAUUGAAUAUCAUCAUGAUUUCAUCAGUCUGGUUAUAUCAUCAGUAUGGUAUGUUUGUUUUUUUUAUUUUAUUUAUUUAUUUAUUAAGGUUUUCCAAUACAAAUACAAUUGGACUUAAAUAAUAACCACAAAAAUCAUACCGGAGUAUUCACCCAAUUAUUGGCAAACACAAUUUGUGAUUGAUUGAUUUAUACCAAUAUUGCUUAUAUCUGCAAUACCGCAUACGAUUUGAACCUGUAAUUAUAAGUAAAUAUUUUUUUUUACAAUUUCGACAUACCUUUUACCUACCUAUAAUAUACUGUAGUUUCAUGAUUGCAAUAAAAUAAGUAAACUUAAACGCAUAAUACCGACAUGUUUGUUACAAGGUAACAUCAAUAAUAUCACUUAUUAAUACUUAUUAUAGUACAAGUAAAGCAAUAUUAAUAUAAUGUAAGCCGCAUAUUACUAGUUAAAGAAUAUUCUUUAAUUUGAAAAUACUCGCACGCUAUAUAAACUAACCAAGUGUCCCAACUCUGGAGGCUCGUAAUCCCCAUGUAACUACAAAUGUACCGUUACACUUAAAACUAACUUGACAGUUAUUUAGAGUAGUUAUUGAGUUGAGCUAGCUGCAUCUAUUUUCUCAAUACCUAAACGAAAGCAUCGCGGCAACGCAACCUCAUAACAAACUUGAACGGACUUUUGGGCACAAAAGCGACCGUUGAACCCGAAAUAUACGUGUUAUGGCGAUGUGUAGUAGGAUACUGUGUUGUGGAACGUUUUGUUAUCUAAUAAAUACGAAUCCUCUUGUUAUUAUGUCUCCGUCUGUACACCUAAAACUUGACAUUUAAGUCGCGCGACAUCAUAAAUGGUAUCGCACCAGUCGUGGCAACUCGUGUUAAAAUGUUACGGUAUUUUUGCCUUAGUUCAGAAUAGACAACUAAUCGAAUUGUAAGAACCCGAUUCCUGUAUUAUAUCUAAACAAGUAAGAACAUACAUGUCCUUCAAAGGAUCUAAAUACAGACUUACUCUACUUACUAUUAAUAUUGGUAAUACAUACAUACAUGCAAAUUAGAAAAUUAUAGGUAUAUCGACUUUGUAUUUUUUAUAAAUACAUUACGGUAGGACUAGUACGUAAAUGCCGAUGAUCUCUAGCGGACAUUGUAGGUACAUUAAGUCAUAAUUAAAUGAUUACAGAAAAUGAAUCAUAAAAAGACACCUACUGGAUUUAUGAAUAACCUUUUAAAUCAAUAUUAGUAAUUAAUUGAGGCCGAGAUAACGGAGGCAGCUUCAUUGAUAUUGAUACUAACAAUAAAGCGUAAGGCAUGUUAAGUAUAAUAGCUAACCAUAAUCAUACCAUAACCAUAAUUACACACAAUGUUAAUCCGGUGGUCUUCCAUUGCUCGCAUCUCAAAUGUGUCCAAAAUUAAUCGUUAUUGUAAUUUUGUAAUUGGAAAUGUACCUACUGCUUAACGAUAGGUAUCUAAUUCGGUGAUGAAAAGUAAAAUUAAAUAUUUCUACGUAA